AUGGCCAGACAGAAUUUUGUAGGGCUAGUUGUAUCCCAGGGUCGAAUGAACAAGACGGUGAAAGUUAGAGUUCAAGGAAAAGUAUACGACAGAAGAAUAGACAAAGAAGUGAUUCGAAGAAAGGAUUUCUUAGUUCAUGAUGAAGGAAACAUUAGUAAAGAAGGGGACAUUGUUCGUAUUGAAGCUAUCCCCAAAAUGUCCAAACGCAAAGCAUUUGCCAUUGCUGAAAUCAAAGUCAACAAAGGUCAACAAUUUGCUCAAUAUGAAGAUUUAGCAAAGGAAAGAAUCAAGCAAGAAGAUGAAUUUGAAGCGAAGAGAUUCAUUGAAAAUAAAGAAAAUUUCAAGAAUAUAAUCACCCAACUUGAAGAUCUCAGGAAAUUGGAUCAAUUAAGUCAUCAAAUCACCAGUGGUGAUGAGGCGACUGAAGCCAAUUAUCAAAAUUUAAUCAAUGAAGUCAACUCCAUCAAGGCUAAAUAUAAUAUCAAAUCGUGGCCAUCAACCGACCCCAUAAUAGACCUAGAGUUGAACGAACCUGUAUAUACUUCGGAGACGGAAAAGAGAGUGUUCCACAUGAAGGAUAUUUUGGAUAAAGUGAUGAAUGAUUCGAAAUACGCUGAAUUGAAAGUGAAGAUCUUGAGUGAUAAGUUUCAAAAUAGACCUAUUGAUGAAAUACAGAAAAGUGUUCAAAAGAAUGUUUUGAGGAAGUAUUUUAUGGAUGAGAGGAAUGAAUUACCAUUUGCUAUCUAA